AUGAAAAGCGACCCUCCCCGUGCAUCGAAAGAGUUGGAAUUGGGAAGCAUGCAUAACUUUACUUUAACCUCUGUCCGAAUCCGCAUCCCGUCGCGAAAUCUCAUCGGCCCAUCACUGUACAUCCCGAACAACGAGAUUAUGUGUUGACAGCACUAUUUACCCAUUCACCUCCAUAAAGGACGCCUUUACUCCGUGACACGCUCUCAACUUUCUUUAUCCGACGCAUCCGAACCACCAUGGGUAUCCCUACCGCGGGUGUUAUCGUUAUCGUCAUUGUCGCCUGUCUAGCCGCCGUGUCGCUGGGCGCCGCGAUGUGGAAACAGGUUUAUCCCACCGACCAUUCAGCGCAUCGAUACAAUUUCUCUCGCGACCAGGAGCUAUAUAUGCGAUCGGUCCGGCUGAAAAACGUGGGGGGUCUUCGACAAGAGUCGCGCACGAAGGAGCCCACGCCAAGGGAUCUCGAAUCAGCUAUUUAUACGGAAGAUGGCUCGUCGCGGUUUUGAGUCACGUUGAUGAUCACCGUUUGUCCACUUUCAUGGUGGAGUGUAUUAUGUGAUUAUGAUUAUCGCUUCUGCUGCAGCGUUGAAUGGCGUUGGUUCACUUGGAUAUAUCCCGGGCUUGAAGGUCUUGAAGAUCUUUUGUUUGUUUAUUUUUAUUUUUAUUUUUUUUUUUUUUGUUGUUCGUUUUUU